ACGCAGGGGCCGCUUCUCAGCUUCUUGCAGCAGCAGCAGCAGCUUCCUACUGCCAUUCGUUUCUAGGAGCGAGAGAAGGGGGAGAGAACCGACCGCUCCCCUCAUCCUGCUCUCAGACUGCCCAAGUCACAAGGAUCAGGAGCGUAUACGCGCCCGAAAAGGGGGCCGAGACGGGGCCUCCGAUGCGCGUUUGUUGACGGCACAAAAACAACACUUGCCCCUACGUCUGAACACCGCGGGCUGGCUCAUGUACAGCAGCUCUGCCAGCCAGCGUUCCACCACAACACCAAAUGUCUGGACAACCAAGUCCUAGCCAUUACCCACAACACUUAUCGUCCCUUCCCUCACCAUGGUCUCCGGUCCGGCCUCACCGACUGGCAGUGCCAGCAACAGCCCUAGCUUGAAUGGGACGAGACUGGAGCGGCCGCCGCGCUCUUCACUGAGAGAGAUCAGGACUGCUCCGAACUCAGAAGACGGCGAGCAAACGCCUGCAGAGGGCUCUGCUCCUCCGUCACCACUCUUGGCCAAGCCCUUGCCGAGCCUUCCCUUUCCUCGGGGCAUGCAAGUGGCCACCUCGCACAGCUCCCCGUCUUUGGCUGCACAGAACAACACGCUUGGAAAGCCAUACCUCCAAACACCGAAGCCGCUGGAGGACAAAUCAUCCUCCUCACAGCCUUCACUGCGGCAGCUCGCCCUCGCCUCCUCGGCCUCAUCGCCCCUCCCCCCUCCCCCUUCAACAAAGGCGCUCCUCACCCAGAAUCCCAACCCCUCGGAGAAUUGGACAGGACCCGAAGACGCAGAUGGCGCCUAUGUGCGCAAGACGUAUGACUGGUUCGACCGGCACGGUGUCACUGGCGAUGGCCUGGUUGAAGGCCGAGAAUGGACGAGGGAACGGGGGAACAAGGCGGUGUGGCAGCAGCCGAAAAAGAAGAGACCUUCUUCGUCAGCAGGCGCUGUGAAGCGAAAGGACAAUGAGCUUGGCUCUCGUUCGGGCCACAGCCCAUUUCCGACAGGCUCAGCGAUGAGGGCCGUCGUCGGACCCGACGGCAAGCUCUCGCCCAGCCCACAUACCCAGCCGCUCCCCACUGUCAGCAGCAAUGCGCAAUCAUCUGGCCGAGCAUCGCCCUCAUAUUCACAUGUGGAAGUGCUGGACUCACCCACAUCGACUGGUCACCCUACUAGCCCGUCCAGACCGUCGAUUGCGCGUGUGCCUUCAACGAGCACCAUUGCCACGCACAGUGAAGAGAGCGCAUACAGCGGCGAGGAGGCGCUCGAGGGCACGCUGCGAAGCAACUUGAAUCCGGAAGAUGAAGUGAGACAUCAGCAGGCAUUUGAAGAAAACGAGAAGGCAAGGACAGAGAUGCUUCGCAAGAUUGAUCGCUAUGGGUUUUUUGCCAAGGACGAAGGCGAUCUCGUGGGCAAGGGCCGGAUAACGAUCCUGACCGAACGUGCCUUUUCCAGCUUUCCAAAAAAGAGAUUACGGAUCGGGAACGUCAAUCCAGGCUCGAGUACGAUCUCGACAAGCAGUGGCAUCACGACGAGGCGAGGCGCACUAAUAGGUGCAGGAGGAGGAGGAGGCAUUGGAGCAAGCGCCAGCUUCGUUGUCACGCCCAGUCCUUCCAUAAUGGCCGACAAUACUCUGGAGGAAGCACGGAGGGCUUCCGACGGCCUCCGUUCAGACUCUACUGGAUCAGCCGAAGACUACGAGACAAAGAUUCUCCGACAGAUUAGCUCGCAGCGAUCAUCCAAUGCAUACGCAGCUCGACCAAAGGAGAGUCUCCGGGUGGCGAAAUGGGCGCAUAUGCUCCAGGUCGAGGGUGCAAAGAUCUCCUCCAGCAGUAGCGAUGGAGACAGCAAGGGAGCGCCGAGCCAGAAGCAGAACUCAUUCAGCUAUCAGCUGAGCGACAAGGCGACCAAGACGGAAGCAAGGAGAAAGAAGCUCAAGAGCCGAGUCUACAAAGGUGUACCAGACCGAUGGAGGGCGGCUGCCUGGUGGGCCAUGUUAACCAACGAUGAGAAAAUGCUGUCGAACAGUGUCAGUAAGAAAGGUCGAAAGCAUAAUCCGGACGCCUCUUCCGACCCGGCCUCGUCCUUAUCUAACGCCGGAACAAGAUCAUCCGAUGCUCAUGCUUCCACGCUCUUCCAAUCCGUAGCAGAGUAUUUCCAGCUCACGAUGCAACCCUCGACACACGAUGUCCAGAUCGACCUGGAUGUUCCACGAACCAUCAGUGGUCAUUAUCUGUUCCAUACUCGCUACGGCCAGGGCCAGAGGUCCCUCUUCCACGUCCUCCACGCCUUCAGCCUGUUGUGUCCUCAAUGUGGCUACUGUCAGGGCAUGGGACCCAUUGCGGCUACACUCCUCGUUUAUCUCCCGCCCGAGCGAGCUUACGCGACCCUGGUCCAUCUGCAUGACUACACGCCACCGAGCAACGCAAGCUCUGCCUCCUCUUCACUUGCAAUUUCCACGGCAGAGGGCGGCACAAAGUACGGCUUGCACGAGACAUUUUCGCCAGGCUUCCCUGGCCUCGGUGAGAAUUUCUACGUCCAGCGAGCUUUGUGCCCUCUGCUCGGCCUCGGUCCCGUGCUCGAAGUCCUCGACGAUCAAAUGAUCAGCACGAGCGCAUACGCAACGAAGUGGUACAUUACCCUCUACGCCAAUGUGGUCUCCUUUGAGACUCAAUUGAGGAUCUGGGAUGCCUUUGUUUGUAUAGGCAAGGACGUGCUGGUGGGCGUCGCGCUCGGCUUGCUCUGGGCGCUGAGAAAUAGGAUCAUGGGUCGAGAAAAGGUGGCAUCGGGCGGCAAAUCGGCGUGGGAAGAGCACGGCACGACGACAACGCACUCGGCUGAGGGCCCGGCCAGCUUCGAAACGAUCCUCGAAGCGCUUACAGCGGAGUUCCUCUUGCAGGACGAUGACGGACUCAUGCGGUGGGUCGAAAGGCUUCUGGCGCGCGACGAUGUCGUCAAGCGCAUCGCAAAGGCCAGGAGAGAAUACAGGACCCUGGUCGAGGCGGGCAAACAGCCCAUGAUGUUGUAGGCGGUCCCUACUAUGUACUGUUUUCUUCUUAUAUUCUCAUGAUAGAGCGUUUCUUUCGCACAACAUAUCCAACACCAUGACAAAUGCAAAGAACAAAGGACAAUUACUAC